AGCGGCAGCAGCCUGCCUGCGCUCAGGGUUCACUACACCAUAGACAGGUGUGACUUCAUCUGAAUGAGGACUGAAUGAGAAUAACACAAACCAGCCUGUGUAGUUUAACCUGAGCUCUGUGAGGUGUCAGCUGCCUCUCAGCCGUCUGUCCACUCCACUUUCAAUCCAUUCAGAAGUUUAAAAUCUUUGUUGGCAAGUUGAGAGAGCACUGUUCUGUUAGACCUCUUGUAUCUGUGAUGAUACAUUAGGCUAGCGUCUGCAUUGAAAUAGCAGCUAUGGAAAGAAGCAUGAAUUUUGACGAGAUUCUUUCUCAUAUCGGUGGCUUUGGCAAGUUCCAGAAGAUCUUGUAUGUGUGGAUUUGCCUCCCCCAGGUCCUGCUGGCGUUCCACAUGCUGAUAUCGGUCUUCACGGGGGCCGUCCCCCCUCAUCUCUGUCGCUCCAACAACACCACCUGGGCCUUGCCCGCCAGCUCAGACGCAUUCAACUUCAGCCUGGUUACGGGCCCAGACGAUGACCCUGACCUGUCCUGCUCUGCCCCUGGGGGGGUCCCUAGCACCCCGCUAGCCCAGUUGAAUCACAGCACCGCCCUGGCCCUUAGCGAUGACCACAUCACCGGGGUUUGUCAAGGGGGAUGGGAAUACAGCAAAGAGACCUUCCACAGCACCGUGGCAACCGAGUGGGAUCUGGUGUGUGAUAAUGCCAAUCUGAACAACAUUGGUUCCUCAAUCUACAUGUUUGGUCUUCUGGUCGGCGCCGUGCUGUUUGGUUCCUUAGCUGAUAAGUUUGGACGCAGGAACAUCAUCCUGGUUGGUUUGACUAUCCAGUCAACCUUUGGGGUUGGUGCUGCUUUUGCCCCAAAUUUCUACAUUUAUGUCUUUCUGCGCUUUGUGGUUGGAACAACUAUUUCAGCUGUCAUCAUGAACGCAUUUGUUUUAGGCACAGAGUGGACAGGAUCAAAGCACCGGAUGCUAGCUGGGAUCAUCACAGACUACUUCUUUGGGUUCGGCUACAUCACCCUGGCAGGCCUGGCCUACCUCAUCAGAGACUGGCGUAAGCUCCAACUGGCCAUCUCAGCACCAGGCUUCCUCUUCAUCUUCUACAUCUGGGUCCUACCCAAGUCGGCUCGGUGGCUAAUGGCCAACCAGAGGAACGAGGAGGCCAUGGAUCUGAUCAGGAAAGCUGCUCUGAUGAACGGCAAACCCCUGCAGGAGGACAUAGAGAUAUAUCAGGGGUACAACGAUAUGGUGAAGAUGGAGGAGAGGAAAAAGGACACAGUCAUUGACCUGGUCCGUACGCCAAAAAUGAGGAGGAAUUCAUGUAUCAUGUUUUACCUGUGGUUUGUCAACGUGCUGGUCUACUAUGGCCUGUCCCUGAACAUCUCUGACUUUGGGAUGAACAUCUACCUGACCCAGCUGAUCUUUGGCCUGGUGGAGAUGCCCGCCAGGACCAUCACCCUCUUUACCCUGAACCGCUCCAGGAGGAUAUCCCAGCUAGCCUUCCUCGCUGUGGGAGGCCUGGCCUGCCUGCUAACCAUCUUCAUUCCUGAUGAUCUCUCCAUUAUUAGAACUGUCCUGGCUAUGGUGGGGAAGUUUGGGAUCACCGCCUCCUUAUCCAUCGUCUACGUCUACUCAGCAGAGGUCUUCCCUACUGUCAUAAGGCAGAGUGGAAUUGGUAUGAGCUCCAUGUGUGCCAGGGCAGGGGGAGUCCUGGCUCCCAUCAUCUACCUGCUGAGGGGUGUCAGUAAGAAUGCUCCCAUGGUGCUGUUUGGCCUGUGUACUCUGCUAGGUGCAGCCCUCACCCUGCUACUGCCUGAGACAGCCCACCAGCCCCUGGCUGACACCAUUGAGGAUGUGGAGGGAUCCAGCAUCAGUGAGGAAUCAGAGGAAGGGAACAUGAAGCCAGCCCUCUAUGAGGAAUGUCCAACAAGGAACCCAGACAUCAUCAUCUGAAGAACCAGGAGUGGGACAAGGCACCAGUCCACUGAUACUUUGAGACCUGUGGUCGUGUCAUCUGGAGAACUUCUAAUACCAUUCCUCCAAGGAACUCAACUGUGCGUUGUAAGAUAUCUGCUAAGAGUGUUUGAACAAAUGUGUAGCUUGUAAAGCUAUUUCCUAUUUUGUACAUAAGACAUUGAUGUCACUGAACUGACAUUUUAUACCGUUUUAUUUUAUAUUUAAACAUUUUUCUUUUGUUUUGAAAAGAUGUACUAUAUAUUGAUGUUUUAUAGUGACUAUCAGUUCACAUUUAGAUUGAUGAUGAAGUACAUUAGUAACAGUUUAUUUAUGCAUCAAAUAUCCAUUUAUCAGAUUCUGUAAAUACUGUCAAGGACACACCAUUGUUUGGUGCCAACAGCCUUGUGCUCUUUUUAUCCACAUUUCUUUGAUGGUGCAUCCCUCUUCCUGGACUGGAACUCACUCCCAUCCUGUCCCUGUCUGUUAUCUAGUAGGUCUUCCUGAAUGUCUGUCUUGUCUGACUAGGCACCACUACAGUGCUGUUCAUACCUAACAGGUUCACCUUAAGAUGUUAGCUCAGUUUCAGCCAACGAAUGGCGUCAUCAUGCAUUGUGAUUUUGUAUAAAGUGACCACACUGUGAACGAGCAUAGAUGACAACUUAUGCAAACUAUCACACGUAUGCAAGAUGAAUAGCUAAAUAUUUUUUUCUAUUUGAAGAUAGAAUUUUGUUUACUUGAUGGAUUCUGUAUUAGACAUUCCUAACUCUAAAUUUAGAAGUGAAUGUGUUUGAAGUUGA